GGGAUACAAGAUGUCAGCCUCCAUGUCGAAACGGGCGCCUGGCUUGCUGGCGGGCCUAAAAAGGGCUACAGCAGAUAUUUCAUUCCAGGCAUCACACUCGCCUCGGGCUUGUUAUAUCUCCACAACAUCUGCUGCUUUAAGGCAUGAGGAUUUCUAUUGGAAUGACAAGACCCAGCCCAGUGAGAGUCAAUUUGAUAAGAUUUUGAUUGCUAACCGUGGGGAGAUUGCCUGUCGGGUGAUUAAUUCCUGUAAGAGGCUGGGCAUUAAGACGGUAGCUGUACACAGCGAUGUGGACUCCAUGGCUCUUCACGUACGGAGUGCUGACGAGGCAGUGUGUAUUGGACCGGCUCCAUCCAGUCAGAGUUAUCUCAAUAUGGAAGCCAUUUUGUCUGCAGUAAAGUCUACAGGAGCUCAGGCCGUACAUCCUGGCUAUGGGUUUCUCUCAGAAAACACUGUGUUUGCUGCCAGACUGGCUGAGGUUGGUGUGGAGUUUAUCGGCCCCAGCAGCUCCGCUAUUAAUGCCAUGGGGGACAAAAUCGAGAGUAAACGGAUCGCCACCAAAGCUAAGGUCAACAUGAUUCCUGGCCAUGAUGGGGUUGUGCAGGAUGCUGAACACUGUGUGAAGCUGGCCAACGAAAUAGGGUACCCUGUGAUGAUAAAGGCCUCUGCUGGAGGAGGUGGGAAGGGGAUGAGGAUUGCCUGGAAUGACAAGGAGGCGAGGAGCGCUUUCCGACUGUCGUCACAAGAAGCAAAGUCGAGCUUUGGAGAUGAUCGUAUGUUGAUUGAGAAGUACAUUGAUAAUCCCAGGCAUAUUGAAAUGCAGGUCCUGUGUGACAAGCAUGGAAAUGCUCUGUACCUGAAUGAGAGAGAGUGUUCUAUUCAGCGGAGGAACCAGAAGGUCAUUGAAGAGGCACCCAGUGUGUUUGUUGACCCUGAGAUGCGUAAAAAGAUGGGGAAUCAGGCUGUGACUUUGGCAAAAGCUGUGGGCUACGACUCUGCAGGCACAGUGGAGUUUUUGGUAGAUUCUAAGAAGAAUUUCUACUUUCUGGAAAUGAACACCAGACUUCAAGUGGAGCAUCCAAUAACAGAAUGUAUCACUGGUAUUGACAUUGUUCAUCAGAUGAUUCGUGUGGCCAAAGGCCACAAGUUGGUGCACAGUCAGACUGACAUCCCGGUGGAAGGCUGGGGCCUGGAGUGCCGUGUCUAUGCUGAGGACCCAUACAAAAAUUUUGGCAUGCCAUCAAUUGGGAGACUGUCUACCUAUGUGGAGCCGACGUACAUUCGGAAUGUUCGAUGUGACAGUGGUAUUCGUGAGGGAAGCGAAAUCAGCAUUUACUAUGACCCCAUGAUAUGUAAGUUGGUAACGUAUGGAGAUACCAGAGAUGAAGCCUUGGCAACAAUGACUGCCGCUCUCGACUCUUAUGUCAUUAGAGGCGUCACCUACAACAUUCCACUGCUACGAGACAUUAUCACGGAGCCGAAGUUUGUCUCGGGGGAUAUAACCACUAAGUAUUUGACUGAGGUCUAUCCAGAUGGAUUUCAAGGUAAGCAGUUGACCCAACCCGAGACUCACGAGUUAAUGGCCGUGGCAUGCACAGUGUAUGCCAAGAAUGAGCUUAGAUCACGACAGUACCUGAACGUGUCAAGACUGCAGCCUGACCCGAGCUUGCCACAGGAAUGGGACCUUCAGGUGACCUUGGGAGAUCAAAAACUCAACGGCAUUCUCCGUUAUCGACCUGAAAGCCACCAGUUUGAGCUGACAUGUGAUGGCGAAACAGUAACUGUGUCUGAUGAUUUCAACUUCUCCACACCUCUGCUGAAGGCUACAGUGAAUGGUAAAGAACACAUCAUGCAGUUAUUUAAGAGAGAUGGUGGUGGCAGUGUCAGUCUGCAGUACCUGGGCACAGUGUAUAAAUUAGAAAUCAUUCCUUGCCUGGCUGCCGAACUGGCUAAGUACAUGCCAGAGAAGACUCAGAUCAGCUCAGCCAAUGUAGUGUUGGCUCCCAUGCCAGGCAUGCUCAAGUCUGUGUCCGUCAAGGAAGGAGACUCCGUGUCUGAGGGACAGGAGGUGUGUGUUCUAGAAGCCAUGAAGAUGCAGAACAGUCUGGUUGCUGGCAAGACAGGAAAGGUGGCAAAAGUCAAUUUUAAGAUGGGCGAGACGGUGAGCGAAGAUGACAUUCUGGUUGAACUGGAGUAAGCUCCUUUUAUAGGGGUUCCAUUGAGGCCUCACCUACAGUUAACAGGACCCCCUUGCAUUCAGAUGUAAACCCAACCUUCAGCAGACUGGACCUCUUUGAUCUGGACCAUACCAAAAUGUCCACAAAAUUUUUAUCUCCUUUUUGAGCUGAGAGUAAAAUGAUCCCAUGGCUCUAAAGUUUGAAUUGUUGCUCAGAUAAUUUUUGGGAUUCUGUGUUGUUGUGGAUGGUCUUUUAGGCAGCUUAACUUUGUUCUUGAACUUAGUGUUAAGUUUGUGUGAAGUACCGAAUUUUACGCAUUUGUUUGCAACAACUGAUUCGAAGACUAUUGAAGGUUGUCACAUGUUUGCUAGGAAGGGUUUAAUUUUUGUAACUUUAUAAAAGUGUCUAACCAGCUCAUAUGAAGACAGUUUGUUUUUUGACCACACAGCCCCCCAAACCCUGUUGGUGUAAACAGUGAGAGUAUUGAUAACCCAUUAAAAUGAUUAGUAAGAAUUUUAGAAUCAGUUGUUAAUGGAAUAAUAGGUUGAAGUUGACUGUUUUUCAGCUCAUGUUGAUGCAGAAAAAGUGAACUCUCCACACCUCUAAAAUGUCUUAAAACGUUUGUGUUCCCCGGGGCUCUGCUCGGUUCCCUCCCACCAUAUUGAUGGCUGCCGGUGCAUAAGUGAAAUAUUGUUGAGUACAGCGUAGAACGCCAAUCAAAUAAAUAAGAAACUUUUGUGAGUUUCUGAAGAACUGGACUUAUACGGGAUAUAAUGCCGGUCCAACCAAAAACUUAGAUUCUUCGAGUCAUAAGGGAAGCUGAGUACUAGAAUACACGACCCAAACUGAAUGCCUUACCAUGGGCAAAGUCUGACAGUCCGACAGUCCGACAAAUCAUGAUAAAGCCUCAUGAGAGGAAGAAAGCUUAGCCAUUGACGAAGUGUUGCUGAAUAGAAUAGUACGAACAUGAGUGAAACGAGUUGUGAGUCACAAAACAAAACUUGUAAAAUGAUUUAAGGAUACCUCAUUGCCUUAUUUUGUCCAAUUUAUAUACAUUUUAAAGUUGAUUUUGAAAAUAAAAAUCACUUGGGUUGGAUUGGCCACUUUAAGGGCUUCACGAAAAGUGUAAUGUUACCAUUCUACACAGAAUGAUUUCUUCGGAAUAUACUUGAAUAAACACCUUGCAAUUAUGCAAAAAGGUUGAAAAAUUACAGUAAUCAGAGACUUGUCUCUCUGUGGUGACAUCUGUUAGAGAUGAAUGGUAACGCGUCAAUGGAAAGAGUCUUGUACAUGUAAAAACGGCGGUAAACUAGAAUGAUAUGGAAAAUUAUGAAUCAAAUUGUUUGUAUUGAUUUUUCAUUGAUUGCCUCGUAAACCAGUUGUACGUUUUUCGUGUGAAUAUUUUAUUUAUCAGUAGCUGAAGAAACCUGACAAAUCUUCGGUUGUAAAGAAAAUUGAAACAUGAAGAGUCCUGUAUUAUAAAAAUAAAAGUUAUUCAGAGCAAAGGAUUCAUGAGAUGGAAAGCACGUGAUAGCUCUACAUAUUUAACAUUUGUAACAGCCGAGUUGGGAAAGGUUUCCAACUUUUGUUCCAAAGGCCUCUUUCACAAUGUGAAUGGCCCGUUUUUCCAUUGCCUUUUUGGAAAUGAUAUUUAGGUGAUAAUGCAUAAUUUAAAUGUGAUAUUGGAAAAAUGAAAAAGAUUUUUUAAGUUUUGUGAAAGUUGGUCGUGAGUAGAACAAACACUCCUGUGUAAAAAGAUAUAUGUAGCUGCAAGUUGUGAACAAUUUGUUCAAAUAUUGGCGGUGUUCUUUGUAGUUUUUUCUAUUCCUUAGGUUUAGAAAGCAUUUCUGUUUUUCUUUUCCAAAGAAAGCAUAGCGCCGUAAGAAUCGUAACAUAUUUAUUUACCUAUCACUUCGAAUCAUAUUCAGAUUGUUGACAGGCAUUCAUGUGGUAGCAAAACGCUGUGCAGUGUUGUUGUUGUCAUUUCAUCAUUCAGACAUUUUGUAAGAUACUAUCAUGUAGCAUUCACAUUUUGUUAACUAUUAUUCUGUAAGACGGAUCAGAAGUUAGAGACCAGGUGAUCUCCUUAGUACAAACUCGGAUCUUGUAUCCGUUGGAUUUGUAUCAUUUUCCGCUUUCCACAUAGUCUGAGUAUUUCUGCGGAGCUUUCGUUAUGUUAUUUUGUACAACUAGGCAU